AUGGUAAGACACCUUACCGCUCUCUCUGUUGUCGUAACUGUAUGGGGGAUCGCAUCAGCGGGCGGACCCUGGGGAGCGGCAGAAUGCGACGAGGAGGCUGAAAAUCUACGCACGCUCAUCGUCCAGAUGAAGAACACAAUAAGUCAUCUGAAAAUGAAACUGGCCAGCAGUCAUCACGGGGCCAAACCGGGUAACAAGGGAGAGCAGGGACCUCCAGGACCUAAGGGACUCACGGGCUAUCCGGGAAAAAAGGGUGAAUUAGGGAACCUCGGCCCUUUAGGUGACAAAGGACCCAAAGGACACCUUGGCCUUAAAGGCAUUAAAGGUGAUCAAGGGCACCGGGGUAAGAAGGGACAUCAAGGAAUCAAGGGCCAAAAGGGUGAAACUGGUGAUAAAGGACUGAUUGGAAACCGGGGUUCUCGGGGCCCCAAAGGUGUGAAAGGGGCUAAAGGAGAGACGGGAGAGAUGGGUGCGAAGGGCUCGCAAGGCAAUAAGGGUAUGAAAGGAUCAAAAGGAGACAAGGGAGUAAAAGGUAUUACGGGAGAUGUUGGAGAAAAGGGACUUGUCGGAGCUAAAGGCAUCCAGGGCGAACAAGGUGAUGUCGGCGACAAAGGUCAACAAGGUCAGAAAGGAGUGAUGGGUGAUACAGGAGAUUCUGGAAUCAAGGGGUUGAAAGGCAAUAAAGGAGCAACCGGUGACAAGGGACCUGCUGGAUUAGCGGGAAAAACUGGUCCCAAAGGACAUAAGGGGCCAAUGGGAAAUAAAGGUCUAAAAGGCCAAAAAGGUGAUCGAGGUGACAAAGGUGUUAAGGGGGCAAUUGGAGACGAGGGUCCACAAGGCGAUGUGGGAGAUAAAGGAAUCAAUGGUAAUAAAGGAGACACAGGGGACAAGGGGUCUAAGGGAGAAAAGGGAGUAACUGGAUAUCCCGGAGAAAAGGGGGAUAAAGGGGAUAAAGGCAACACUGGUAACCAGGGACCACAAGGAGAGCAGGGUCCGUCUGGAGAUCCAGGUUUUCCUGGUCAAAUGGGAGCCACUGGAGAUCGGGGACCAAGAGGCCCAAAAGGACCCAAAGGACAGAAAGGGUAUAUGGGGGAACCUGGCCACGCAGGAGGAGUGGAUCACUAUGGGGGAUCCGGCCAUGAAUUUUGGGAUUACUAUCGUUAGGAAUAUUGCUAUGUUGUUGUAAACAUAGAUGACUUGUUUUGACUCAUAUUUUCAAAAAAGGAACUUGGAUUGAAAACGAUAAGUUACGAAUUAUUAAAUAUGUGCAUACACUA